AUGUCAUCAGUGAGUGGUAAAAGCCGUUGUAUCAUAUGUGAUAAAGAAAAACGGGCCGUUCGAUGUGAAGGUUGCUUACAAUUAUUUUGCUAUGAUCAUUUAACAGAUCAUCGGCAGGAGUUAAAUAAACAAUUAGAUCUCAUUGAGCGGACUCGUGAUCUUUUUCGACAAACUCUCAGUGAACAAUUGACUCAUCCACAAAUAGCUCUUUAUGCUAAACAAAUUGAUCAAUGGGAAGAUGAAUCGGUUCGUGUGGUUCGACAAGCAGCAGUCGAAUGUCGACAAUUACUAGUUGAACAUACGGCAAAAAAUGUACAUAAUAUUGAAGCUAAUCUAGCGGCAUUAUCAGAUCAUCUCAAAAGAAUUCGUCAAGAAAAUGAUUUUAAUGAAGUUGAUUUAGAUAUGUUCAAACAAAAGUUGAAACGAUUGGGGGAAAAACUUCAAAAUCUACCACAUAUUUCAAUAUCACAAGAUCCAGCACCACUCAUCUAUAGAUUUUCAGCCACCCUCUCUAACGGUUCUACUGCUGCAUCCAGCAAGCACCCCGUCAAACAUUGUAGUAGUCUUUCCAACGAUUAUUCGAUCAAACAUUCUAACAAUCUUGCCAACGAUCAUCUCGUGAAAUGUUCUGAUAAUCCUUCCAACGACUGUCCGAACAAACAUUCUAACAAUUCUUCCAGCGAUCAUUUCAUGAAAUGUUCUGGUAAUUCUUCCAAUGACUGUCCGAACAAACAUUCUAACAAUCCUUCUGACGAUUAUUCGAGCAAUCGUCUCACUAAUCCUUCCAGUAAUCAUCUCAUAAAUCCUUCUGGCAAUUAUUGUGUUAAUCAUUCUAUAAAUCACUCCAUCAAUCCUUACAACAAUACUCUUAUUCAUCCAACAUGGAAGCAAUCUGGGUCAACUGUUGCAGGAUCUAUCUAUCCGGGUCACCAGUCGAAUCAAUUGUGUAAUCCUCUUGGUAUACACGUCGAUGAUAGUGAUCCAGCAGUUUCCUAUAUCGCUGAUUAUGGCAAUCAUCGCAUUGUCAAAUGGAAGUGUGGCAUGAAUGACGGAGAAGUUGUUGCCGGUGGAGCAGGACAAGGCUAUCGAUCGAAUCAGUUAAGUUAUCCAACAGAUAUCCUUCUCGAUAAAGUGAAUGAUACACUUAUCAUCUGUGACCAAGGCAAUCGACGAAUAGUAUGUUGGUCUCGCAGUUCUAAGUUCGAACCGCACGUACUUAUUUCGAAUAUCGUCUGCUGGGGCAUAGCGAUGGAUUGUAAUGGGGAUCUAUACAUUUCGGAUUACGAAAAGGACGAAGUAAGAAGAUGGACAAAUGGAGACACAGAAGGAACAAUUGUAGCUGGUGGAAAUGGCCGUGGAAAUCAACUCAAUCAACUCAACUACCCGAGUUACAUAUUUGUCGAUCUAGAGCGCUCAGUAUACGUCUCAGAUUCAAAUAAUAAUCGAGUGAUGAAAUGGGUGAAAGGUGCCAAAGAAGGAAUUGUCGUGGCAGGAGGCCAAGGUCAAGGAGAUAGUCUCACACAACUAUCCAAUCCUCAAGGAUUAGUCGUUGAUCAAUGUGGUCAUGUGUAUGUGGCAGACUCACACAAUCAUCGUGUAGUUCGCUGGUUGCCAAAUAGUACAAAAGGCAGCAUUAUGGUUGGCGGCAAUGGACAAGGUGCGCGACCGAAUCAAUUCAACUGCCCGUUAGGUAUUUCAUUUGAUCGUCAUGGAAACUUAUGGGUGGUUGAUUGGGGCAACAACAGAGUACAAAAGUUUACUAUUGAUAUAAAUUAA